AUGGCGUCCGCAACGAGCUUCUACGAUUUCGAGCCCGCCGAUAAAAAAGGCACUCCCUACCCCCUCACCUCGCAAAAAGGCAAAGUCGUGCUUGUCGUGAACACAGCCUCGAAAUGCGGCUUCACACCCCAAUUCGAAGGCCUCGAGAAGCUAUAUCAGACCCUGAAAGCCAAGUACCCAGACGACUUCACCGUGCUCGGCUUCCCGUGCAACCAGUUCGGCAGCCAAGACCCAGGCUCCAACGACGAGAUCCAGUCCUUCUGCCAGGUGAACUACGGAGUCACCUUCCCCGUGCUGGGUAAGCUCGACGUCAACGGCGACUCGGCGGCGCCGAUGUGGAAAUGGAUGAAGGAGCAGAAGCCCGGCGUGAUGGGAUAUAAGCCUGUGAAAUGGAAUUUUGAAAAGUUCUUGAUUUCGGCGGACGGGAAGGUUGUGGCGCGCUGGGCGUCGCUUACGAAGCCUGAGUCUCUGCAGAAUGCUAUUGUUAAGGAGAUUGAAAAGGCGAGGAAGGAGGGGACACUGGCUUCGGCGCAGAAGGGGGCUGAGGCGGCCAAGCUGUCGUGA